UUCUGUAUGUCACUGGAGCCUUAAAGCCAAGUUUUUCUGGACACUUCAGGGAGAGAUGAAUUACUGUAACUAUGUGGGGAUUGCGGAGAUGCAAGAGAAGGUGGUGCAGCUGAAACGAGACAUGCAGAAAGUGAACAACUAUGCUCGGGCUGCAAAGGCUGUUAAAGUGCGACGUCCAAGGCAAGUGACUGGGAAGAAGCAAGCUCUGGAGGGAGGAUUCUGUCCCUCCUGGGCCAGGACUUCUGGCUCCACUGCUCCUCCCAAGUUCACCAUGCCCAGGGUCUUCGGACCUUUUCCCGAACUGAUGAGCAAGCAGAUGGACAGAGCAACAGCUUCGAACACUGACCUGAAGCACCACUGGGCUGGGGUGUCGACAAUGAACCAAAAGAGCAUGAUCGAUCUGCAUCCUGUAGUGCUGAACCCUGGUGGCUUCCAGGCCUCCCUCCAGGCUGGUAACCACCUCAAUAAGCUGAGGUACACCAGUCUCUCCAGGCCUCCUGGGAACAGUCCCAACCCUUCACCACAAAAGGCAGGCCCUUCUGACAUGAAACCCACACCUUCUGUUUUCGACACUCCCAUGCUGUCCAGGUUUCAAGGUGGCUCAGAAGAUGACAUGGAUAAUGAGAAACCUGGCCCCAGUUCCCCUCCAAAGGGGGCAUAAUUGUCUCUUCCUGUAUGGAAAGUUGCUACAUGAAUAAAAGUUCCAUGCAAGCUC